AUGACGACAUGCGGCCGUCCCCAGCAAACCGGGCUGAGAUCCAACGUCGAGUGCAUCGCCGACCUUACCCGGCCGGGCAAAGAGGCUGCUUAUCGCCCAUUUCCACUUCCAUCGCCCUGCGAGGCUGCCGAACGUUCCUGCCGUGCUUCAUUGGCGGUGAGCCUCCAGCCGGGCCCCGCUGUGGGCCGACCGCCCGCCAGUCACGCCGCGCCUCCCACUCGCUCCGGCAUCACGAGGAACUCAUCCCGGUCGACCGCUCUCGCCUACCGUCCAACGACCGUCCAGAAGCCGGCUAUUUGCCAGGUACUUGCCAGGUACAUCUCCCCCAUGUACAACCGUUUAUGA